UAAAAUUAACUAGUUCAUUCGUACCGGGAAGGGAAUAGAGUCGCGAACUGGCUCUCAAAGCACAGUCUCGUCUAUCCCUUUGGUAUGCAUGAAUUAAAUGACCCACUUGAGGCGGCAAGAGCAAUUCUUAGAGAAGAUAUUAUAGGAGUCAGUAUACCUCGUAUGGUGAUUAGACAGGAGAGUUGAGAGUUUCCCCCUUCUCCCCGUUGAUGUUCUGAGUCUUUGUUUGUUUUCUUGCGGUUGUUCCACAACCUCCAUUCAAUAAAAAAAAACCCUAUAAAAUUAACUGGUUUCGUAAAAUAUAAUUCUAAAUCCAAGUAUUUUCAUAUGAAAUAACAUCAGAUCUUAAAAUUAAAUUAACUGAUAAUCUCCUUAGUCCUUAUUUGAUAUUUGAUAGAUAGUGUUGGGGCCUGACUUAGGAUAGAACGAACCUUGCCCGAUCCAGCCCAGCCGCCAGUUAGCUGUAAGGCCGAACUCUAGAUUUAAACCCUAAUUCUAAUGGUAUCCAUCCAAGGGACGACGGAAGACGAUCAUGAAGCUAAAUCUUAAUCAUGGCCGUUGAAUCUCGUCCUCCACCACUUUUAAAGCAACCAUAGCUCUGCUUCGUUCUCCCUUACUGUUUGGUGGCUGCGCCUCGUCUCUAGUUUUCGGGGAACAUCUGCCGGCUUCUCUCCAUCGACUCGGUUUUCUUUCCUCUUCUAUUCAGGUAAUAUCGUCCGGCUCUGGGUAGUAGUGAAAUCUCGAAACGUGGAAAGGCCUUGUAUCUGAUAGAUAAUCUGCUGCCCUUGGUUAUAUUCUUGAGAAAUUUAGUUAUCUUCUCGUGUUUUUAUACAGCUUGAAUGGUGAUGAACUGGGUAUUCCUUAAUUUUGAUUGUCCUGCCGUUUUGAUUUUGAUACACUGAUGAAUUUAUAGUGCAUCCUUGUUAUUGUGAAUAUCGUGAUUGUUCAUCCGCUCAGUGCCUGGCUGUGAUUUGAAACGAAUUUCCUUCUGUUAAACUUCGAUCAAGGCUGGAGUCUCGGAAAUGGCUCUCUUUAUCGAAUACUCUUGAUGGGUAUUCGGGAAGAAAUACAUAACGAGCCUGGGAGAAUUGGCACAAUCGAUUGUGCCAUAGGCCUUUGGUUUGAGGGAAACGUUUCUCUUCACUUUAAUCUGGGACUGAGUGGCUAUCAAUCAUCACAUAUUUACAGUGCUGGAUUGCAUAUUUUUUAUGAUUUUGUGAAUAUGUGAACAAGAACAGUUCUCUCUCGUUGUCUUUUUCAAAAUCAAUGAUAUUUUAGUUACAGAAUUACAUUUACAAGCUUUUCUUUUCGAGAUUGGGUUGUUUGCUAUUUCAGAUUGAAGGCGAAGUAGAUUGAAACCGAGUAUUCUAUCCCACUUGAACUGAUGCUGAUCAGUGUCGUUUGUCCUUAAUGCUUCAUAGUUACUGAUGUCUGGUGUUUAAUAUGUGCUGGUUGGUUGAUUCGUUUUUGAAUUGUCAGCUUAUGUUGAUUUGUUUUGUAGAAUGUCUCAUCGCAAGUUUGAACAUCCAAGGCAUGGUUCUUUGGGAUUCCUUCCCAGGAAGAGAGCUGCAAGGCAGAGGGGAAGAGUGAAGGCUUUCCCCAAGGAUGAUCCGUCGAAGGAACCAAGACUGACUGCUUUCUUGGGUUACAAGGCUGGAAUGACCCAUAUCGUCAGAGAGGUUGAGAAGCCAGGGUCGAAGCUUCACAAAAAGGAGACUUGUGAAGCCGUCACAAUCAUUGAGACCCCACCCUUGGUUGUUGUUGGAGUUGUUGGCUACAUCAAGACGCCCAGUGGCCUUCGGUCUCUGAACACUGUCUGGGCCCAGCAUUUGAGUGAGGAUGUCAAGAGAAGGUUCUACAAGAACUGGGCCAAGUCAAAGAAGAAGGCUUUCACAAAGUACUCUAAGAAGUUUGAGUCUGAUGAAGGCAAGAAGGAUGUUACUUCCCAGCUGGAGAAGAUGAAGAAGUAUGCCACUACCAUCCGUGUUCUGGCUCACACUCAGAUUAGGAAGAUGAAGGGUCUGAAGCAGAAGAAGGCUCAUUUGAUGGAGAUCCAGGUCAAUGGUGGAGACAUUGCUAAGAAGGUUGACUUUGCCUACAGCUUCUUUGAGAAGCAGAUUCCAAUUGAUUCAGUUUUCCAGAAGGAUGAGAUGAUUGACAUCAUUGGUGUGACCAAGGGUAAGGGUUAUGAAGGUGUGGUCACUCGUUGGGGUGUCACCCGUCUUCCUCGAAAGACUCAUCGUGGUCUUCGCAAGGUUGCUUGUAUUGGAGCAUGGCAUCCUGCUAGGGUCUCAUACACUGUGGCUAGGGCUGGACAGAAUGGUUACCAUCACCGUACUGAGAUGAACAAGAAGAUCUACAAGCUUGGAAAGUCUGGCCAGGAUUCUCACUCUGCCAUGACUGAUUAUGACAGGACUGAGAAGGACAUCACACCUAUCGGAGGGUUCCCUCACUAUGGUAUUGUGAAGGAGGACUACAUUAUGAUCAAGGGUUGCUGUGUUGGUCCCAAGAAGCGUGUGGUGACAUUGAGGCAGUCUCUGUUGAAGCAGACCUCCAGAACUGCUACGGAGCAGGUGAAUCUCAAGUUCAUUGACACUUCAUCCAAGUUUGGACACGGACGAUUCCAGACUACACAGGAGAAGCUCAAGCACUAUGGUCGCCUCAAGGCUUAGUUUGUUCAAGGAGAGAGUCGUGAUUGCUCUUGGCCUACUAUUUUGCUAGUUGGAACAUUUUCUUGUUUUGCUACUAUUUUGCUGUUCUGUUUUCGAAUGUUUGAGAUACUUUGGAGAUGGUACUUCUGCCUUUGAAUGUUGUUUCUUUGUUUGCACUCUUUUUCCGAUCUUUGUUAAGCUUCUUAAGUUUUUACCCUUAAUUAGUUUCUUUAAGUUGUCUGAAUUAGCACCUAUAACUUCAUAUAUAGGGCACCUUUCUACCUCGUUGUCCUUAUGGCUUGUGUUGUUUGCAAUGGAUAUCGGAUUAUAGUAGUAGGCAGUAUUUUAGAUUGCGAAUGACAAUAAUUCAUGAUGAUUUAGUUAGAUAUUUGCUUUCGAAUGAUAUUCGUUGUCAAUAAAAGUUAAAUAUCAAUAAGUCGAGUUGCUGGGAGAGGUUCGAUCAUAAUAUUUACUAGAACUCUCUCUCAUGAGAAGUCACUUUAUACGAAAAAUGAAAUUUCACAUAUAUGAAUACCAUGUGCUUAAGAAAAUGAGGCCGCUAAGAUUCAGAACACAAUACUUACAAAUAAAAUGUUCUAAAUAAGGCGUCUCCUAAUUUUCAGUAUUGGUUAACUAUUAUACCUAUUUGAAUCAUUUUCUUUCAAAGCGAGGGUGGAUCUCGGGACCCACUCGAUAAACUCUCCCUCCGCCACUGACAACUUAACCAAACGACAAAUCAAGAGGCUUAACUUACAUUCAAAUUCUUUGCGCUAGAUUGCAUUUUCUACAACACCUCAUGUUCGAUGUUUUAACUCAAAUUCUAACUAGUGGUGUAGCUAGAAAUUUCUCUAAGGUAGGUUCAAGUGUAACAAAAUGAACCACCGCACUGAACUCCACCAAAAAGGUUUUAAGCUAAACAAUUUUGCCACGAAUUGAACUCUCAAUUCCAUCACCACUCAAGGGUCAAAUCUACAUAUCACUUUAUCAUAAUGUCCACCUUGUAGCACUCAACUAUGUCGUCGUGUUAUAUCGUUCACUGUUGUUGGUCGCGAUUUCCGUAUGUAAUCUCAUGGCCGUGAGUUCUGCCCGUGAGACCAAUAUAGCGGAUGUUCGGAAGACAGUGUACCUCGCGGCCUCAUCUCACGACCGUGAGAUCGGGGCAUGUGAUUGGGACGUGUUUAAUUAAUUGGUAUAGUUUGGGUAGCGCUUGGUAAUUGACCAAGUUGUUUGUUUCGGCUAUUAACCCUAGUGGUUUAGCCAUGUAGUAUAUAUAUGUUUGCAGUAGUCGAUUCCCUGUAAGUAUGCAAGUAUUGGCCGAAAACCUAAUGAGAGAAUUCGCAACCUUCUUGUGUGAGCUUUCCGUGAAUUAGUCUUGUUUAAGGUAAAAACGAGGACACCAUGUAAAUCGGUGUUCUCGUUUACCUUUCCACUUUACAUUUUUAUCAUUUUCACUUUGGUGCAACCAACGCCGACGGAAUGUGUUUAUUUGUUUGGUUUGGUAGCAUUGUAAGACAAGGUAGUUUGGGCCAACAAACUUCUGGGCCCUUGAUAAUCCAGUCGCUUGGGCCCAUCCAAAAUGAAAGAUGGCGCAAUCAGUACUAAUACUAUGCGCCGUCCGUUUAAUUUAUUAUUGUCGACGGAUAUAAAGGAUAAUAAGCAUGGAGCACACGGAUCGACGCCCAAAAGCCGUCGAUCAAUAUAAUCCAACGGUCCAAACUCCUUCUCGGUCUUGCCAAGCUCCCUUAAAAUGAAAAGAAACACAUGUCACUAGAGUGACGCGGAUCGCCAUUUCCACCCGUCGAUCCACUCCCUCAAUCAACGCUCCAGAUCAAC